CAGGAGCUGAUACACACCACACACACAGAGAGAGAGAGAGAGGGAAGGAGGUAAUAAAGGUCAGGAGGGGAGGCUCUCAAUGCACUAAAGUGUCUUGAAAACCCCCCCCAAACCCCCCAAAAAAGUGGAGAGAUAAACAAACUGCAGAGAUCUGUCCAGGCUCCUGGUUGCAAGGAGAGAGGGAGGGAGGGAAGGAGAGAGAGAGAGAGAGAGAGGAAAGAAAGAAGGUAGGAAAGAAGGGGUAAUGUUUUGCUUAGUUGCAAAGAUUUGAGAGAGGGAGAGAGAGAGAGAGGGUGUAUGUUGCGGGUUUGUAAGGGGAGGAGAGGGAGACGUUUAGAGGACCUGGAGAUCAAGUCCAGAUUAGCCACAGAGAGAGAGAAAGAGAGAGAGAGAGAAGGAAAUAAAGAAAGAAAGUGUGUGCGGAGCGGCGGCGGCACCGGGAGGGGAGGAGGAGAGGAGAGGAGAGGACAUGGCCCGAUGGGCAGCUCUGAGGCUGUCGCUCCCGAUCACCAGAAACCUACUGCUGAGCUCCAGCGCCUCACCAGCACUGCCCCGGGGGACAAAGGGGCUGAGAGCUCUCUUCCACUUGAGACAAUGUGGAGUGACGUCCUACAGCACGCUGGUGCCAUCUGAUGGGGUCAAAGUUCAGUACAGGUAUGGCCUUCCAGUCAUUUCAGUCGUACUACCAUCCAGAAAAGAGCGUUGCCAGUUCAUUGUGAAGCCAAUGAUCAUGAAUGUUGGAGACUUUCUUAAAGAUUUAAAGGAUGAAGAUCGAGGCAUCAAUAACGUUGCAAUCUUCUCAACAGCUGGCAUCAGAGUUGCAGCCACUACACCUAUGACGGCCUUGCUAUCUAAGAACUUUGAGCUGGUUGUUAAUGAGACAAAAUACCAGGUGCAGCCUCCCCAACCAGAGCAUGUGGUCCAUGAACACGCUUCGCACAUGGACGAUGUGAAGAGCCUGGUCCAUAGGCUUCAUGUCGCCCUGCAUCUGGAGGAUCACCAACUGGAAAGAGAGGGGGCGCUGCAAGAGAGACUGGAAAAUCUCAGGGGAGAGCUGCAGCAGAUAGAGCAGGUGAAGUCUCAGUUAUUUCACAAAUCUGAAGCUAAAUCUGGAAGAUUACUGUGGGGUGGUCUGGCGUUGAUGUCCACUCAAGCAGGAGCAAUGGCUUGGUUGACUUGGUGGGUGUAUUCAUGGGAUAUAAUGGAGCCGGUUACUUACUUUAUCACCAUAGGAAGUUCCAUGGCUUUCUAUGCUUACUUCCUACUCACACGCCAGGACAGCUGUUAUCCUGAAAUGACAGACAGACAGUUCUUACAUUACUUUUAUCGAGGAGCCAAACGGUGCAAGUUUAAUGUGGAGGAGUACAACAAAAUCAGGGAGGAGUUGGCUGAGGUGGAGAGAGAUCUCCGACGAUUGCGAGAUCCUUUGCAGCUGCAGCUUCCCCUGCAGCAGCUCAACAGCAAGAACUGACGGCAGCGAAUUCUCCUCGAAGGCACCACGUUUAUUCCCGUGUCGGUCAUUGUUGACCAGCGCAAGGUUUCGGUUCGAUCCUGGGGUGCCAUUUAUUGCCUUUCAAAUCCACGCCCAAUGUUGCUUUAUGAUAAUAACAUCCACAGGUCUGGCAUUCUGCACAUAACUGGGUUCAAAUUAAAAAAAAACUCCUGCAGAUUUCCAGCACUUCUGGUUUUGUUUCAGAUUUCCAGAGUUUGCACUUUUUUUCUUUCUCCAAGUUACUUUCUCACUCUGCUACAAAUGCAUCCUAAUUAAAUGCUGCACAACAGGCUCCCCUAGUGUCUGGUGGGUAAAGGCAUCACUACGUGCAUUAGCCAUACAGGCCAAAAGGUCACAGAUUUGUUUACCAGUGUGGGCUCAGUUAGCUGAUCUCAUCUGGAUUAACACUUGGAAGUGCAAGAUCAAUUGACUGUUGCACCUGUGGGCCAGGAAGGCAAAAAACAAGUGAACAUUUCUGCUCUCGUUUUUCCAUCCAGUGAUGUCUCCCUCUGUCCUCCUAUCUUGAUCAGUCCAUGUGAAUGGACAUUGUGUGAGAAUAGUUCAGGCAGAGCUGAUGUGCUCCCCUGUUGAACAGCACUGCGACACUUGCUGUGCACGUUUCCAACUGAAGAACGGCCACUUUAUAAUUUUUGCAUCUGCUACAAUAAUCCUUGCAUUUGAUAUAGCUCCUUAGCAGCUCAUCGCAUCUCAAAGCAAUUCACAGGAUUUUAUUGUGAAUUGUAGUGACUGUGUGUUUUGUAGGGAAACACGACAGCCAUUGGACAAAGCGAUAUCCCACAAAUGUCCGUGAAGGAAUGACCAAUUUUGCCUGGGGGAUUGUUCGGAAGGACACCCCUUUGAUACUGUACGGAAAAGUGACUGGUGUCCUUACAACUACCAGCAUCUUCAUGAGGGGGAGAGAGAAGAGAAAAGAAAAUUGUCCAAAACACAAACACAUGCAUGCCAUUGGAUUCCCACUUAUCCAGACUGGAAUAUCUAGGCCUCAUAACGUCCAGGAUUAAACAAAAUGGGAAAAAUACUAUGAGGUUCAGCUCAUUCUUUUUCAACCUCCCGAUUUCAAUCUGCAACCCUUCAGAGUAUUCAGAAUGCAUUUCCCUCACCCACCCCGAUGUUUAAUUUACAGCUGAUGUUUGUGUCUGUACAUAUCUUGUCUAUCACACGUCAACUCCCAGCUUGAUUGGUGCUGAUUACUUUGGCUGCUCCGAGGCAGUUUAUUGAAGCCUUGUUUUUCCUGUGCAGCCAGCAAGUUAAAUGCUCUUAAUUUAAUCUGGUGUUGGGGACUGUGGGGCUUCAGGCGGCUGAAUUCUUUAGCGUGUCACAUGUCCAUUGUACUGAUGGUCUCCUCGCUACAGUCGUAGCCCGGGGUUAGGACAAGAUGAGGUGCGUUACUCAUAAUGUCACACAUGAGGUUGAAUGUUUUCUUUCUGACUAACAAGAAUUAAAUAUUAAAAACAAAAAAAAUCUUGCUGCCAGUUGGCAGACCGAAACAGUGGCAGAUUUUACAUUUCUUUAAAAAUAUAUAUAUUUUACCUGUGUCCCUCCGAUUAUCUGAUAGGUAAAGGCACCAGCACCCAUUGAACAUCACAGGCAUCCACACCAGACCGAAAGGUCACAUGAAUUUUGGACAAUCCUCCGUGUUUUGAUGCUCACACUCAUCUUCAAAUCUCUUCACACCCUGGCACCUCCCUACCUCACCACACCACUGCCUCUGGUCUCCUGCUUGCCCCUCACACUUUCCGUUCCACCUUCGGUGGAUGCGCUUUUAGCCACUACGCCCUGAAACUGCAACACUUGCCAUCUGUCUCUCGCCUUGCCCCUCCUUCCCCAUCUUCAGGGUGUGCUUGAAGAUGUCUCUUUGACACUGCCUACGGACUUCUCUCCCCCAGCUCGGCAUCAUGCUAUGCCACUGACAAGCGCACUGGGACACUACCCUCCAUGUGGGACACUAUGUAAAUGCAAGUUGUUGCUUUUGGCAAACUAAACAUUUGCUGCUGAAUUGGGCAGCAUUUCUGAGUCUUGUAAGUGACCAAUGGGUCAUUAUCCUUGGAGAAAGGGCAAAACCUGCCUGCAGACCCACUCAUCAAAAACAUUACUAGAAAGGUUGGACUUAACUAACAAAACUCCAAAAGUUAGCACUCGCUGCCCAUCAACAACAUGGAAAUAACCUGCCAAAAUUCACAUGGACAUUGGCCACUUGAGCUGUGAAAGUGCCACAGCAUAAGUCAACAACCAAGGACAAGAGGAGGGGAAAGAUAGAUCAGUUCUCGUUUGCCUCACCAAGUGAGAAGGCGAGGUUGGAGCUGAUAGAUUUCAGGGCCCGGCUACAGUUUGCUUCAGUUCAAAAUGUACUUUUGUUAAAAAAUAAAUAUUGGCUGAGUUGA